AUGUUUCUUUCUUAUACCCCAAUUUAUAAAACGGCUAUGAAAACAAUAAAAGCAUGCCUCCUCAUUCUAUAUCUUGCAUCAUAUUUUGUUUCUUCCACCUCUACUCAUAACCCACAAGAAUUUUUAUCUUUUUUACAAGCAGAAACCUCAGAAACGUCUUCUAAAUAUGAACCAAAAACAAGCUUAGGAAAACUUGCAGACGGUGUUGAAAAAGUCAAUGAAAACUUAUCAGAUCUUUCAGUACAGCUGGACUCAGCAAUAAAAUCAACAAAUGACCAGCUUGAUUCUACCAUCACCAUGAAUGCACAGCUCUCUACAUCUUUAAUUGAUGGUGAAAUUUCAGAUCUUGAAAAUGAGCUGUUUUGAAUUAAUCACGAUAUAGAUGAGCUAGAAGAAGAACUUGAAAAAUAUAAAAAAGACUGUGACGAAUACACGUCAUGCUCAGCGUGCACUGCUUUUACAAGCUGUGUAUGGUGCAGUUCUGAGCAGCUUUGUGUGGAUGGAGACUCUUCAGGGCCUGAUAAAGAAGAAUGUGAGAGCUUUGAGUAUGGGGAAUGCGCCAAUGAUGCAUGUGAUGGGUAUACAAGCUGCUCUAGUUGCUUGUUGGAUUCAAAUUGUGGAUGGUGUCAAAAUGGAUAUUAUUGCCUUGUAGGGACUGGGGAAGAUACAGGAAGCUGCCAUCCCUCAUUUUAUUAUCAUGCGGAUUCAGAGUCACAAAGCGAGUGUCCUGUACAGUCAAGCUCAUCAGGGGACUCGACGAGUUAUUAUAGUAGUGAAGAUUCGGAAUCGGAAAAAGUCCAGGACUUAGAAAGUAAAAUAAAUGACCUAAAAAAAGAUAAAGCUGUUAUAGAGACUAAAAUAGAAGGACUUGAAGAUGAAAAAGAAGAAAUAUUGGAUAAUGCUCAGGCUGGACUUGACACAGAGCCUGAAGAUAUUUACGUGGAAAAUAAUUUGGAUGGACUAGCAGAAGAUGUUGAUAUGCUGUAUGAAGCUGAAACAGAAGAUGAAAAAGACUUCCAGGAAGCAUUAUGCGAGCUAAAUAAUUGUUCAAAGUUAUUCUAUAAUUUUCAAUUAAUUCUGUUUAUUUUAUAAAAACUUUUUUUUAGGACAUGGCUAUUUAAACAGUUUUGUAGGGAAAAUCAUAAAAAAUUAUAAAAUGAAUACUCUUGAAGAAAAAUCCAAGAGUCGCAUUAUGGGAUGAAGCAACAGAAACAGUGACAGACGAGACAAGUGAAAUAAUUCAGAAUAGGACCGAUACAGUCAAUGAAGAAAUCGAUAUGUAUGAAGAUGCUAUUUUGCAGUCUUUGGAAGAUGCAGAUGAGCAUUUAACAGAAGAAAUCAAUGAGCUUUCACAAAGUGUUGAUAAUCUUGGAUAAUAAUAAAAUGGCUCAGUGCGGAAUUAGUUCUCUCCGAGAACUAUUUCCUUCCCUCGCUUUUAUUAUUGUGGGGUUCAGUUUUCCACGUGGCCUUUUAUCCGCAACACCAAUAUGGAAUACCGCAUAGGGUAUUCAAUUGGUCCAGGAUGCUAAGGACAUCUGGGUUUCUGCUUGACACACCUGAGGAGGGUGACCCUUAGGCGGAACACGCGCAGGAGUCAAGUUCAGGCGAGGCAACGCUGCCGGUGCGAGAUUUCUUGCCCAGCUGAGGGCGGAACUUUAUAGAAAUGGCUUGGUCGGGCUAACCGGUCCAAGAUUGCUUGGUGACGUCACCAGUCGGGAGUUAAAAGGAUGGGCUUAAGCAUGCCUAAAUCAUCCUGCUGAAGAAAUCAAGACACCUUAAAUACCUAAGUAACUAAGUAAGUAAGUAAGUUGAUAAUCUUGGAAACACCAUUGAUGAAGCAAUUGAGCUUGCAGAUGAAGUUGAUUAUUCAAAUGAAGAAAGUGCUGAAGAAGAUACAGCAGAAACUGCUACCGAUGAAGACGCUGAGGUUAGCGAAGAGGAAGAAACAGGAGCAGAUUCAGUAUCAGCAGAAGAUAGCAGUGAAGAAGAGGAGUCUGAAGAAGAGCAAGCAGAAAGCACAGAGAGCACUGAGAGCACUGAAAGCACUGAAAGCACAGAAAGUGAAGAAGAAGAAGAGGCCGUAGAUAGCUCUUCAACUGACACAAGCACAACUGAGCAGAAUAGCGAAGAGAAUUCUCAAUCAACUGACUCAUCACUUGGAAAAGAAGAAAAUUUGCUUGGCUCAUAAGAUGCUGGUAUAUAAAUUUUUAUUAAAACCAAUUUUUUGACUCUAAUUGCAAAUUUAUUAAAUUUCAUAUAAUGGUUAAUUUUUCAAAAAAAAUUAAUUAGCUUUACUUCUUUCCAAGCAUUAAGGGAGUGAGGGUAGUGAAGACGAAAGUUUAGCUGAAGAAAGUAGUGAAGAAAGCGCAUAA